AAACCGAUAAUUGACCGCACUUAGUCAAUAUUGAAAUCUUGCAAAAUGAGGACGUGUGUCUGGUUAGCUUUGCUGAUAUCGCUAACAGCUGUUGGCUGUCAGCCAACGCCGGAUAUUUUGAGAUAUUUUCAAAAUCCCGAACCUCAGCUAACAUUGAGACCGAAAAUCACAACGGCCGAUCGCAUAGCUUCCCAUGGCUAUCCGGCAGAAACCCAUAAAGUUGUCACCGAGGAUGGUUAUAUUAUUACCCUCUUCCGCAUACCCUAUUCCCAUAAAUUGCAAAAUCAAAAUGCCUAUCGUCCGAUAGUUUUGAUACAACACGGUUUGUUUAGCAGUUCCGAUGGUUGGAUGUUGAAUGGCCCAAAUGAUGGCAUUGGUUUCAAUUUAGCCGAUGCUGGCUACGAUGUCUGGUUUGGCAAUGCGCGUGGCAAUACCUAUAGUCGCAAUCACACAUCGAUGUCCACAAAUCACCCGUACUUCUGGCGCUUUAGUUGGCAUGAAAUUGGCCAUUAUGAUAUUGCGGCCAUGAUUGAUUACGCCCUGGCCAUAAAUGGUCAGGGACAAAAGGCCAUACAUUAUGUGGGCCACUCGCAGGGAACCACUGUGUUCUUUGCUCUGAUGUCAUCGCGUCCUGAGUAUAAUGCGAAAAUUAAAACAGCCCACAUGUUGGCCCCGGUGGCCUUUAUGAAUAAUAUGUCCGAUAAAUUGGUUAGGACAUUGGCACCCUAUCUGGGGCACCACAAUGGCUAUGCGGCAUUUUUUAAUGAUCAAGAGUUUAUACCCUACAAUGAGCUGUUUACCAAAUUGGGUUACAAUGCGUGUGCCCCGAACUCUAAGACCCAUCAACUAUGCAAUAGUAUUGCCUAUAUGCUGGAGGGUCCGGAAUCCAAUACAAAUAGGACCGGUCUAGUCAUUUUGGCAGAGACCCAUCCUGCCGGUUGUUCUACCAAUCAAAUAUGCCAUUACAUGCAAGAACAGCAGUCGGGUCGUUUCUGUCUGUAUGAUUAUGGGCGAACAAAGAAUCUCCAACUGUAUGGUCAACCUACGCCACCCGAUUAUCCAGUGGAACAGAUUACCUCGAAAGUUCAUCUGUGGUACAGUGACAAUGAUGACAUGGCAGCUGUGAUAGAUGUUGAACGUUUGGCAGACAAAUUACCCAAUCGUGUCAUGCAUCACAUGGAAGAUCCCACAUGGGCUCAUGGCGAUUUUGCCUCACAUAUAGAAGUCAAGAAGUAUAUCAAUGAACCGAUUAUAGAAAUAAUGAAUGACUACGAACAAGAAAUGAAAAUGUGAAGAUAAUGAAAGGAAAAUAAAAGAUUUAAAAAAACGUGGAUUUUUUUAAAAUUAUUUUUUGGUUGCCAAUAUAAAUUUGGAUUUUUUUUAAAUUAUUUAUU